AUGGCAAACCCUAGGAGGAAUUCAUAUUCUUCUCCAAUCAACCACCAGAUUUCAAUCUCUCUUGAGAACAACAACAAUACAUUCCAGGCUCAAACCCUAACGACAGCGACACUCUCCUCCUUCAAGAAGUUCCUGAAGAAACCACAUGCCUUCCCAUUCCUUCUCUCAAUCUUCCUCUUCCUCACUUGGGUCUUUCUCAGGCUCCAACGCUCUUCACAAUUUUCGCAGCAGCAUCAGCAGAAAUGGAAGGGCAGUGAAUCUCUCGAUGAAGAUCGCAAAGCCAACCUCCUCAGAUUUCCCGCUUCUGCCUUCCCUUCAUCCAUUACUAAAGACAAGCGUGGUUGGUUGCUCGACCCUCUUUCCAUUGCCUUCCAUUCCGGCAUUACAGGUAGAAUUGAACACGGCCCUGAGAGAAUCGUUUAUUGUGUUUUACAUACUCGUUCUGAAAACUAA